AUGAAGGAAUAUGUGGAGAAAAAACUUGUUGAGUGGGAAUUGGUGUCGUUAAUUGAUGUUUUUAAAGAAGAAGGCUUUGAUGAGGAGGCGUUCAAAAGCUUGGACUAUAACGGAAUAUGCAAUUUAAUACCCAGACAGGGACUGCGAGCUAAAUUUUGGAAAAAAUUUAAUGACGAAUUUCUUUCUGAGACGCCUGUAACAGCAAAUGAAAUACCUAUUGAGGUGAAUUCAUAUGUGACUGACACGUCAAUAUCAGGGACGAAUUCCAUAUUAAUAUACAGUCCAGAACCUCAGCCUGAAAAAACCGUGCCAAGUUAUCUGAAUUGUACCGAUGGAAAAUUGCUUGAAGUCUUUUACAAAGCCAAUGGAAAUUUAGAUAACUUCCAUCGUAGUACUUCGGCGCGCGUAAUAAUUUACAAGGAGUUUGAGGCUUUAAAUUACCCUAAAAAAUUCAAAAUCUCAACAGACCGGUUUAUGAAGUUAACUUCAGAAAUUGUGGAAUAUUUUCCAAGCGAAAAAAACUUUUCAUCAUUGUACUAUACACCAUAUCAAUCAAAAAUAAAACGAAAUGCAACCGGUAAAUUGUGGGAUAUCUACAACCACUUAAAAAGCAAAUUAUGCAAACCUCAAAAUCCCACAGUUGCUACUUUUGAUGAGGUCGAUAUAGAGCACAAUGAAUGUGUUGAGUUUUUAAAAACCAAUGUAACUCCUUGGUUCAAAAUAUUGGACUAUUGGCGGAAGACGCAUGAAGAACGCAAUAAGUUGCUAGCCACACAAAACUCCGUAUUCCAAUACUUUGAGUAUUUCCCAGUACUUCAAACAACGAAGGGAGCAGAACUGUUGAUCGUUGAUUUCGACACAAAUCAUCCACUAAGUGCCGACAAAAUUAGUUCUUUGUGGCCUGAAAUUGAAAGAAAACUGUGCAAGUAUGCCAAAAAUAAAAAGUCGAAGGACCUUUCCGAUAUUUUGAAUGGCAGUUGCCAAUUUAAAGGCUUUUUAAUCUUAUGUCAUUGUCUCACAAAUUCCACGUACACCAAGUGUGAGGGGACAAAAAAAAAGCGAAAAUUGACUAAGCAAGAGGUUACUGGUUGCUUUUUGGCUUUGCAUGAAGAUGGAAACUUAGUACUUGAGAAAGUGAAGCAACUAAAAAACGAUGCAGCACAAAGAAAGGCCACGCUGCAACCCAGCAUAAUUUUGAUUGGUACCAGUUAUGAAAAUAUCACAGCAGCUUAUGUUGUUGUCAAUGAGACGUUAUUUUUAUUUGAGACUGCGUUGCUGGCAAUUGACGCUUGCUUCAAAAUUACACAAUCACUGAACUGUGCGUAUGCGGACGCAUGUAAACCAAUUUGGACGUUUAUACAGAAGUAUGUAUACGAAAUUUGCACAGAAUACGACCAAAUCGUCACUAGCCAUUAUUUUAGUGGUACUUACAAUUUUAUCUAG